UGUACCGGACAACCUGGCGAGACAGCCCCGGGCUCCAGUCUGUAGCCUGUUUCGUAUCGCGACAUUGAAGGGGAAGCGGGGCACUUUUCUUUCCCCUUUUUAAGCGUUUAAGCUAGCCAGGCGAAACAGAAAUUAACUUUGUCUGUUUUGUUUUGUGUUUGUUUUUUUUAAUGGACACGUUUGUAGCAGCGGCGGACGAUUUAUUUUCCUUUCCUCGUUAUCGGUCGCGUUUAAGUCGGUGAGCCCGUCCCCUGUCUGUCUGUGUCUGUCUGCCUGCCUGCCUGCCUGUCCGGCUACCUCCUGCUCUUCCACGAGUCCCAUUUCAGAGCAGCAUGGUCAUGGCUGACAGUCUCCAAAAACCAGUAAUUCGGGGCCCGGUCCGUGUGGGCUUCUACGAUAUCGAGCGUACUUUAGGAAAGGGCAAUUUCGCUGUUGUGAAGCUGGCCCGACAUCGCAUAACCAAGACUGAGGUGGCCAUUAAGAUCAUUGACAAGACUCAGCUGGAUGCUGUCAACUUGGAGAAAAUCUACAGAGAGGUCCAGAUCAUGAAGAUGCUGGACCAUCCACAUAUAAUCAAACUCUAUCAGGUAAUGGAGACGAAGAACAUGCUCUACUUGGUAACAGAGUAUGCUAAGAAUGGAGAGAUCUUCGACUACCUGGCAAAGCAUGGCCGUCUGAGCGAGCUGGAGGCCAGGAGGAAGUUCUGGCAAAUCUUGUCGGCGGUAGAGUACUGCCACAACCGCAACGUUGUCCACAGAGACCUGAAGGCUGAGAACCUGCUGCUGGAUGGUCAAAUGAACAUCAAGAUAGCAGAUUUUGGCUUUGGAAACUUCUUCCAGCCUGGGAAGCCUCUGGCCACAUGGUGUGGUAGCCCACCGUAUGCCGCCCCCGAAGUCUUCGAGGGCCAACAGUAUGAGGGCCCGCAGCUGGACAUCUGGAGCAUGGGGGUGGUGCUCUACGUGCUAGUGUGCGGUGCACUGCCCUUCGACGGCCCCACCUUGCCUGUUCUCCGACAGAGAGUCUUAGAGGGGAGGUUCCGUAUCCCUUACUUCAUGACCGAAGACUGUGAACACCUGAUCCGCCGGAUGUUGGUCCUGGACCCGUCCAAGCGGCUGUCUGUGGCCCAGAUUAAGGAGCACAAGUGGAUGAUGCUGGAUGUGCCAGUUCAAAGGCCAAUGCUGUACCAGCAGUCUGUGUCGACUGAGGGCGAGACGGGUGUGGGGGAGUACAGCGAGCAGGUCCUUCGUCUGAUGCACAGCUUGGGCAUUGACCAGCAUAAGACAGUAGAGUCUCUCCAGAACAAGAGCUACAACCACUUUGCUGCUAUCUACUACCUCCUAGUAGAACGGCUCAAGGCCCACCGCUGCAGCUUCCCCGUGGAACAAAGGCUUGAUGCCCGCCAACGACGACCCAGCACCAUCGCCGAGCAGACUGUCGUCAAGUCAACCAGUGGAUCAGGCCAAGUGGGUUUGCUCCCCCAGGGUGUCCGUCUCCUGCGCUCCCCUGCCCUGUCCCAAGCCUCCUCUGACGCCCUCACCUUCCCCCAGUCCACAUGUCCGCCGGAGCAGAGCCUCAUGCUGGAGGAUGUUACCACACCCAAAGUGAGUGGCUGCCUGCUGGACCCUCUGCCCCCACCCAAUGUCCUCCGCAAGUCCUCUACCUCGUCGCCUAGCAACAUGAUGGAGAUGUCAAUUGACGAGGGCAUUGAAACAGAAGAGCCUGACACAGAGGAUGAUCCCGCCCACCUGCUCUCAGCCUAUCAGACGGCGCGUUUCGGCCAGCGCAGACACACCCUCUCUGAGGUCACCAACCAGCCAGGGCCCUCAAGCCAAGGUAAACUAUUCACUCUGGGCCACAACCCGUCUCUGGGUAGCGUGGACUCGGACAUGGGCUAUGACAUGGGCUCCAUACACAGUGACCUCAGCCUUCUGGAAGAUCCCCCCUCUCUCAGUGAAGUGGUGCUGGCCAACAGCUCCGUCCCACGCAUGACGCCUUCCCCUUUCCUGAGCGCGCGACCUGCCAACCCAGCUAUGGCUGCUCUGAGUUCGCAGCGCAGAGAGGCCCACAACCGCUCACCCAUCAGCUUCAGAGAGGGACGCCGUGCCUCUGACACCUCACUCACCCAGGGUCUGGUUGCAUUUAGGCAGCACCUCCAGAACUUGGCGAGGACCAAAGGCAUUCUGGAACUGAACAAGGUCCAGAUGUUGGUGGAGCAGAUGGGCUCUGGAGAGGGGGCUGCUAUGAGCCCCCUGGGGCCACAGCACCAUUUGCACAACCUCCUAGAGGGUGAGGCAUCCAAGCAGCAAGAGAGCCUAGCUUUGUACCAAGGAGGGCCCCAGCCACCGCUCCUGUCCCGCAGACAGAGUCUGGAGACACAGUACCUCACUCACAGGCUACAGAAGGCCAGCGGCUUGGGUAACAGUCCUGCCAGCUGCCAGCUCUUCUGUAAGGAGGCGCCUCGCAGCUUAGAGCAACAGCUCCAGGAGCACAGACUGAAUCAGAAGAGGAUGUACCUACAGCAGCAGCCGCAGGGUAUGGGGCUGCAGACCUAUUUCAAUCAGAUGCAGAUAGUGGAAGGCUCCUAUCCCCCUGGGGGCCCUGCCAUGGACGCAACACCCUCCUCAACCUCCCCUCAGGCCCCACCAAUUUCAGCAGCCCACCAGCCCCAACACCAGGGCAGCCCCCAGGCCUCGCCCCCCUUCAGCCAUCCACCGGGCCUGAGUCCCCUAAUGGAGCCCGGGGAGGGCCUGGUUUAUGAUCCCUACAUUAGCCACCACCACUACACUCAGCACCUUUCCGCUGGACCUCAUCUGCACCAUCAACUCCACCAACCCCAACCCCCUGAGGCCUCCUCCUCCGCCAUGGGCUAUAGCUACCCCCUGGGCUGUGAGCAGCAGGCCCUGGGACCUUCCAAUGAGGCACUUUAUCCAGAGCAGUAUGAGUAUCCCCAGGAGCCCAGCCAACUACCUCCACCUGCCCCAGAGGAGAGUGUUGUGGGUGGAUCUGUGGUUGGGGCUGCCAUUGGGCCUGGGCAGUACGAAGGCCUAACCCUGCCUGAGCUCCAGAGCUCUCUCCUGGACAGUGAGAUGAUGGAGACUGUGGACUCCCAGCAUGGCUUUGUCCUGGUCAACUGAAGCCAGCUGAAGGGCACAAACAGGACAAGGCGGUAUUAAACUACGGAAACCUACACAGCAUCAAAACAGAGCAGAGAAAACUGAGAUGUAAGUGGAGGUCAUAUGGGAAACAGGGAAGGAAACUUGUCUCAUGUUUUGUUCAGCUAAUAAUAGACUUUCUUUCCCAGUUGUGAUGAACCUCAGAAAAAAAAAGAUCUCUACCAAAAUCCUCCCUUAGCCUACCUCCCAUUCUCCCUCUUCUCCUCUGUUCUCAUUCUCACCAGCUCUAUUAGUGAGGAACAGGCCAAGUGUGCCACAUCGCUUGCCAAGGCUCUGCCGAGCUGACUGGGCAAAGCCUGCUGUUGGCGUGGAUGUUGUGUGCAUCACCUGUGAGGUGGAGAACUCUUCAGGACAGCUUUGUGCAGCCUGAACAUGCUGUAGAUCUUGGAGGUUGCCAUUGUGCAGCAUUUAACAUGAAAAUUGUUUGAAAGUGGGACCGACUGACUGGCAACCAAAAGCACAAAGGCUGACUGCGCUUUUUUUAUUAAAAAAAAUAAGACAAUGUUAACAGCGAUGGAUUGACCCUCAAAACACUGCAUUUUGUUUUUACUUAAAAAAGAUGGAAAAACUGAACAAGAGACAAAAGCCCUCAUUUAUCACUGAAGCCACUGUUGAAACCACCACUGUGCUGAAGUGGUUGUAAGAAACAGAUCUCAUCUGAUUCAUAAACCUUCCUUAGACACUGAGGUGAUUGCAACAUCCAACAUUAAGGUUAUAUUCAUGUGUGCAUAGCGUUAAAAUGUUUCUCAAGAUUUACAUUUAACAGCACUCUCCACUGAUGAGGACAAGAUGGGUUAAUGCCUCCAGCUAGACAAAUGGUACCAAACAUACUAGCUCACAGUAAGUGCAAAGAGUAAUGCACCAUCGCCCAGCUAUUUGCUUAGACUGUGCUGCACUAUACUGCUUUUGAUAUUGAUAAGACUGCCUAUUAGAAAAAUCUCUGAUAAAUUGUUCUCUCAAUAAGAGUGAUUAACAAAUCAAAAUCAGUGGAAAUGAAACUAGCAGGCUUUAGCAUAGGUGCUGAGAGGUAUUAAAGUUAGUUUAGUUUGUUUAUAUUACGUUACUACUGAUCCAUGCUUGUUUCUUACACUACUGAACCACAUUUCCACCUCACCAUCUGAUUGUACAUCCUUUCAGAGUAUACUGUGGUUACGUUUUACAUAUGUGUAUGUAAAGAGAAAAUCGCCACAUUUGUAUUUUACAAUUGAACUGAGUGUUAUGUUGGCUUGAUAAAUGAGGGCUAAUGUAAUUAAUUUUAGCUUGGUUAAGCCGUUGCGGUGUUAGUCAAUAUUAUUCUAAUUUUUUUGUGGCAAUAUUGAAGCAAUAUUAAUCAUUACUAAUAAUGAUGAGGGAUUUUGAAAAGAAAGCCUCACCUGUACCUCCAACUUUGAUUGGUUCCCGGGACCUCUGAAUUAUCAGCAGAGACAUCGCUGGAGCCGAUGAUGUAACUGGGGAUAAUCUUUCACUGGCCUUGCAAGUACAGGGAUUAGCCUUGGGAAAGCAGUGUGUGUGUGUGUGCGUGCGUACACACACACACCUGCAUGCAUGAGUGAGAGGCUUCCCUGUUUAUUGAUACACUUGACAUUCAAAUUCCUGAAUCCAUCACAUCAGUCAGUGCUAAAACAAGACGAGCACUGUUUUCAAGUCCACAUUUCACAACAAAUACAUACAUGCUUUAACCAAAACAACACAUUAUUAAAACUGCUCCCUGGCCCGGAGUUGUAGCCUAAAAAUAAUGGAUUUAAUCCCCAUUUACAUCCUUAGCUCUAGCCAUGCUUAUAUGUUGUGUCCAUGAUAGCAAUGUCCACUCUUGUUUCGGACAGUGAAAUAAUCCCUUAACGAUUCCAUUAAUGUUUUUUUUGGGGUUUUUUUUUUUUUAUAAUAGGAAUGUUUUGCUCUCUGUGGUUUGGGCUGCUGUGAGACAAAGACCAGCACCAAAUUUGGUCACCUGACACUGGAUUUAGACUGGUGGCUCACCACUGCUCUUUGACUGACAGCAAGCCUGAGACAGGCAGUUGUUUUGUUUUGUUCUUUUCUUUUCUACAGCACUUAAGACUGGUGAAUCUACUUGAAGCGCACAGAUGUAUCUUCUCUGACAAACUAUUUACAGUGGACAAACAGAAUGGUGAUGUUCAGAGACUUUAGAUUAUUGUGACUGUGACCAUCAAACGGACUGCUAGACCUUUGACGGUCACCGGUUUCACUUCCAUCUAUUGUCAGAUUAGCCUUCAGAUAAGAGUGUCAGUCAAUAGACUAGACUGCAGGAAUAUUUGAGGGGUUAACAGUCAGGACAGAGAAUACAGAAUUAACUUUACCAGUGGUGUCUAGAAUAUUGUGCAUGAUUACAGUCUUUAAUGAUAUUCAGACUACAUUCACCAUUGAGGGUUGCAGUCCAGGUAUAGAGACUUUUUUUUCUUUUUUGUCAAGGUAGAAUAGAGACCUACAGGAUGAUCUGUGGGAGUUGAAUUACUGGAGCACUUUGACAAGGAGGGGAAGAAACGAUGUAAUAAGACGAGGAGGUGGUGGGGAUGGUGGAAAAGGUUUGUAUUAGUCCACCGUUUCCUGGUAGAUGAAACAAACCGCAAUCUGUAGGAAACACCUUUCUCCUCUCUUCCCCUGAUAAUGGACACAAAACAUAUUUUCUUUCAAAGAAAGACCAGACACAAUAACACUUUAACCCGAUUGUUGUUUUUGCAAAGAUAGGGUAACACUUUUCAUGUUAUGCUUUGUACAAAUUAGGGGUUUAGAGAAUCUCAAGUUUACCAAGAAAUGGCAAAUUUCGUGUUGAACAUGAAUUGUGUUCAGUGUGCCUUUUAGUUUCCUUCUUUUCAAGCUAAAUUACGAUUUUGAGUAGCAGCAUUAUUUCUGGUUGGACGCCCCCUUUUCAUUUGUUUGUUAAUUUUAUGAUGAGGCUUUUUUUCCCUUUGUUUUUGGAAUUCUCUCCGGAAAUAAGUUGAACCAGAUUUUACAAAGGUACAAAACCAAAGUCCCUCAGAAGUUUCCCUGUACGACCCACCAUGUGGAGUUUUUGGAGCUUCUUUGUCAGCUUCUCUACCAUGCUUUCUCUUGAUGGUCAAUCAGUAUAUGCCAUUUAAAAGUAUUAUAGCAAUAUCUCUCUAGUUGAAGACUAAAGUAAUGAAGACUCUUGUGGAUGUGUCUCCAAGUAUCACAAUUGCACCCUCCUGCUGAUUUGAGAAAAAAAGAACAUCAAUCUAUCAAUAGAAAUCCAGUUUUAUAUUUACCUUCAUUGAUGUUGACCACACAUAAGCUAACUUGCUGUUGAGAUUAAAAAAAGGUUUAUUGAACAUAAUGUGUUUUCUGUG